AUGUCCAGAUACUUGUCAAAGAAUCAAAAUGACCAGAGUCCCCAGUUCAGGCACCAGCUGCAGACCUGUAUUAGUGAUGCUUCCCAGUGGCCUCUGAAUGCCCCUGAGAAGCUUGUUCAAUAUUGCCUUCACAUGGAUAGAUGGCUAGAUGGUUCCGCGGUUAAGAGCACUGGUUGGCUCACGCCUUCCCUCGCGAGGCCUCACACUCACACAGCUGCCCACCCGGCCACUGCCAUCACCCCUCAGAAAGCCAGCGGCGCAGUGUCUUCGCCUCCAGAAGGAAGGCUGGAGACCAAAGCUGGACACACGCCCACCGUGAAAGCUGGUGGAAUGCAGAUUGUACAAAAGCACCUACAUACUGGAGAAGGAGAGGAAGAGAAAGACAAAAAUGAGCAAGAAUGGGAAAGCACCAGGCCACCCAAACUAACGGUGUUUAUCUCUGGUGUCACUGCCCGGGGUGACAAAGACUUCCCGCCAGCAGCUGCACAGGUGGCCCACCAGCAGCCACAUGCCUCCAGAGACAAACACGUUUCUCCAAGAACGCAGCGUAUCCAACAGCCUCGCAAGUGA